AAGAAUUGUGUGUGCGUCGUAAAAAAUCAAUUUUCGUGUAGAAAUCGUGUGAAAAACCCGGAAAAUUUGUGUGCAAAAUACGAAUAAACAUGUAAAGCGACGGAUUCGCUAAAAAUUCAGCGGUGAAACUCAUUUUAAAUGGGCAAAAUAUCAAAAUCCAAAAGUGGAUCGACCAUUUUUUUAGCAAGCAACACACAACAAAAACAUACGACGAAUCUAUAUUUGUGGAGACUUGCUCACGACAACCAAGAGAAGAAAGAACGAAAAAAUAUAUAAUUUUUAAUAAUAAUUAUUUAAAAUAUUCUGUGUGUGCGUGUAAUUGUAAAGAAAUAUAAUUAAAAUUGUGUGUGUUUCGUGUUUAUGAAAAGUGAAAAACUAUGCAAAGUGGCUGGCAGCCACCACUAAAUUCGUAACAUGGGAAAGUCAAAAUUUCCUGGGAAACCGUCGAAGCUAGCCGGAAAGAAGAAAAUUCGGAUUUUGUCGCGCGACGAGGCGCCAGCGACACCACCGAGCCAGCCGCAGCAAAAUGGAGCGAUUGUGGCUGCAACUGCAGCAGCAGCAGCAGCGACCACGAAUGGCAGCAAUUCGCCCAAUUUUUUAGAACAGGACAAAGUCAAACCUAUCGGCAACAAUGAUGGGAACGAAGAGUCCAGUUACGAGGAAAGUAUUAAAAGUGAUGACAACACGUCGUCGUCGUCGUCGACAGCAACGUCCGUGGACAACAACAAGGCAGCAGCGACAAAAGCUGUGACAAUAUCAACAAAUGCGGCAACAACAUCAGCAGCAACAACAACAACUACAGCAACAUCAUCAAUAACAGCAGAAACAGGCAGCAGCAGCAAAACAAUGAAAAGUGUUAGAAUAGCAAAUACUAGUGAUGAAGUGUCUGAAACGAAUCAAGAAAAACAAGUGAAGAUAAAUAAGAAGAAAUCAGUGAGUUUCAAAGCGACACUCGAGACGAGUGACGACAAAAAUAUCGUCAAGAAAGUCUAUAAUCCGGAUAAUAAUGCCCCGUUAGUGCCAAUAAUUAAGCGUCGUUUUACGUGCAUCGUGCGUCCGUCGCGUCUCACGGAUGUGCUGCAGAAGAACAAUGAAAGUAGCGGCAGUCUCGCGAAGGCAGCCAGUUUGUUCUCCGCCGUGCACACGUCGUCGGAUGUGAAUGAACGCGCAGCUGCCGGUUUGCGACAAGAGUCCCCGAAAAAGGGCUUGUACUCGUGCCGCAUCAUCAAAUCGAACAAACGACUUCUCGGGUAUCCGCGUGAAUUGCUGAAAAAGAUAAAGAAUGGAAAACUGCUAAAGAUUAAUCAGUAUUUGAACAGUGGAGAGCAUUUGGAUGGCAUUGAAGAUGGAGGUGUUGACAGUGGCGAUGCCGAUAGCGAACGGAAUCAGCAAAAAGUCAUCUUGCGUCAACCACGUUUGAAAUUCACCACUGGCUCAUCUCUCACGCCCAAUCUUUUGGACAUUCCCGCAGGCCCUUUCUCCUUUGGCUCCAUUGGCAGCAGCAACAACGGCAGUAUCUCGAUUUUCGAUCAAACAAAUGCAUCACUUUUCCGUACAUCAUCGACGACAACGCCGGCAACAACAACGUCGUCGUCGUCGUCAACGACAGCUUUCGGACUGUGCAACAACAACAGCAGCAACUUAAAUAGUCACCUCUGCGCCGUGUGCAAAGUCCAAACUACAUCAUCAUCACAAAUCAGCAAGAAAUUCGGCGUGUACAAUUGCGAGGCAUGUCGCAAAUUUAUCUCGAAGAUGCUCAAAAAAGGCACCUCGUCGAGUUCAUCGUCUUCGACGUCGUCAUCGUCGCGUGUCCAGCCGGUCUCGUGCAUUCGUGGCGACGGAAAUUGCAACAUCACAUACGAAAAGGGCAAGGAUCGGUGCAGUGCGUGCAUGCUGAAGUCAUGCUUGCGAACCUACACAAAAUUGCCACUGAAAUUCCGGCAUCGCAUUCAUUUGUUGCUGCCGCAUUCGUUGCGUGCGCAGGACAAGGCACAACUGGAUGGCUGUCAAAAGAAGAGCAAAUCCGAAAGCAGCAAUUUAUUCGCGACCGCCGUACAUUCCAAUAAGAUAUUAGUAGGUGAUAAGGAAGAAGAAGAAUCCGCGACAACAACAACGACGACGCCUGUGGCAGCAACUACGUCGUUCAGCAACGCCAAGAAAAGUAUUAGCAAGAUUAGCUUGCCGAAUCCGCUGGCUGAGAACAAUUCCAAGUUCGGCAGUCAGUUAACGAUCAAACCGAAUAUCGGCGGCAUCGAUAAACCGUCAAUCAUGUCGCCGAAAGUCCUCAAAGAAGCAACGGAAAAUCAGGAAACGAAGAAAGAAGAGUCUGUGACAACGACAAAAUCCAAACAAAAGUCCGAAGAAAGUACCUCGUCGGCGCCAAAAGCGCCCCCGGCAACCACAGAUCGCCAAGACAAACGACAAAAAAUCAUGCUGAAAGGUCCGCGCGUGAAACACGUUUGUCGCAGUGCCUCCAUCGCGCUUGGGCAACCCCUUGCUACGUUCGGCGACGAACCCGAGGACGAAGAACGAGGACUUUUGGAUGCCCAAAAGCAAGAUACGGAUGAAAAUCUGAGCGGCAAAGAGAAUAAAACGCCCGAACACGAGAGCGAGGCAUCGUCAAGACCGAAUUCGGUGACACCGGCGUCGGAAAUGUCGCUCGAUAUAAAUAUCGGAGAGUCCCAAACGAGUGACAUGAGUGAACAACGUCUUAAGGAAAUUGAAUUAAAGCUUUCUUCCGAGUCGAAACCCGCAACGAGGAAAUAUCAAAUACGACCUAUUCCGGGCGGAAGUAAUAUUUCGAGUAAUAUUCAUCGGAAUUUAAAUGUUUUUAUGAAACGACAGUUGCCGAGCAUGGCAAAAGGUCCCAGUUUGGUAUCCAUUGACUUUUGGGAAAACUAUGAUCCGGCGGAGGUGAGUCGUAGCGGAUUUGGAAUUAUUGCUACGGAAUCCUUCAGUUUGCAGCCACUUUGUUUCCUGUGCGGCAGUGCGGGUAACGAUCCGAUGCUUUAUUGCACGUGUUGCUGCGAGCCGUAUCACCUGUACUGCAUCGACGACGUCUACAACAACAAGAGCUUUACGGAACAAGUGCGCUCCACGAAAGAUGGCGAUUCCACGGUGUCGCGAACAGCUGGUCUGUCGUCCCUCAAGUCGCGUCUCAAUUGGCUGUGUCCCCGGUGCACUUGCUGCUACACGUGCAACAUGACGGCUGGUCCGAAAGUGCGUUGCCAAAAGUGCGAAAAGUUCUUUCACAGCACCUGUUUGGGGAUCAGCAAGCGUCUCCAUCGCACAGAUCGUCCCUCGAUUUGCUCGAGUUGCUUAAAAUGCAAAAGUUGCUCUUCGACUAAUGUCAGUAAAUUCGUCGGAAAUCUCCCGCAUUGCAUAAAUUGCUUCAAAUUACGACAAAAAGGCAACUUUUGUCCCGUGUGCCAGAAGUGCUACGAAAACGACAAUCUCGAGCUGAAGAUGAUGGAGUGCGGCAGUUGCAAACGUUGGAUCCACGCCAAAUGCGAAAGUCUCACGGAUGAGCAGUACAACAUGUUAAGCGUCCUCCCGGAGCAUAUCGAGUUCAUUUGUCGCCGUUGCUCCAAAGACAAUCCCACGGAAGCCGUUUUGUGGCGCGAUGCUGUCACCACGGAAUUCAACGCGUGUCUCCUGUCUGUCAUCAAACUCCUGAGCAAGAGUCGCGAGGCAUGUGCUUUACUAAAAUUAAGUCCGAGGAAGAAAAAUUACGUUCCCUGUGCCGCUUGUCAGCAAAAUCUGCAGUCAAAUCGUGCCAUUGAGUUUGCCACGGGCGAUGACGAUACGAACGAAGAAACAACUCUCUUUAGCGGGAACGAGAAAAAAGUCAAAGGCGAAUGUACGUGCGCCGAACAACAAGUCCCAGAUACGGGAAACAUCAGUUUGUUGGAUGUCAAGCAAAAAAUCGCCAAACAACUUUAUCAUUCGUUGCACGAGUUUCAUUACGACAUGAAUUUAAUUCUGCAGUCCGUGGACUCGUCCGAACUCGGGGUUAUCUACAAGGAAAUUUUGAGUGAAAUUUUCCCCUGGUUCCAAAAUGAGACAAAAGCAUGUACAGAUGCCCUUGAGGAGUCCAUGUACGACGCAAAUUCGUACGAUAUGAACGCCAGCGAUGAAGAAAGUCUCGAAAGGCAAGUCCCGUCGAUGUUCGAUGUGCGAAACGAAAUCUGCCUCGAAGAUUUUUGGUCCCGAAAUGAUGCGCGUUGCUGCGUUUUGUGUCGCGGUAAAGGCGAAGACGAAGGACGUUUUAUUUUUUGCGGGCAAAAUACGUGGAUUCACGUCAAUUGCGCCCUUUACUCCGCCGAAGUGUUCGAAGAGAUCGACGGAUCGCUGCAAAAUGUGCAAAGUGCCAUCAAUCGAGGUCGUUUGAUAAAAUGCAGCGUUUGCGGCAACAAAGGAGCGACCGUUGGCUGUAACGUGAAAAAUUGCGGGGAGCAUUAUCACUUUCCGUGUGCAAAACAAGCGGAAUGUCUCUUUUUGAAUAACCAAACGACACUUUGUCCGUUGCACAAGGGCGAAGCAAGUGGCUCGGAAUUGCUGGAUUUGGACUCGUUAAACCCAAAUCGCCCAAUUUACGUGGAAAUCGAUCGGAAAAAGAAGAAAAUGGCAGAUCCCAGUAAAAUUCGCUUCUAUUUGGGGUCGUUGUCGAUCGAAAAACUCGGGAGAAUUGUUCCGUCGUUGAGUGACUCCGCGGAUGCGAUUGUUCCAACGGACUUUCAAUGCGUUCGGAUGUACUGGUCGACGCAAGAACCCUGGAAAAUCGUUAAAUACAGCAUAAAAACGAGCAUUUUAACGGCAAAUGGAUGCGGUUUCGAUAACGGAAAGAAUUUUACGAUCGAUCAUAGUCGUGAUCCAGCGACAGUUCAAGCGAACCUCGGAGAAAUCUCGAAAUGGCAUCUUUCGUUGAACCAGGACGAGGAAACGUCGCAAUUUACGUCGCCAGUGGAGGAAACGAAUGACGAAGAGCCGCAAAAUAACGCGGAUUUGCUGCCGCCCGAGAUAAAAGAUGCAAUUUUCGAAGAUCUUCCGCACGAUAUGCUCAACAGUAUUUCCAUGCUGGAUAUUUUCUCGCCGAAACUCAUGACGGAGGAGUAUCCGUUGACGAUGACCGAUGUCGAGCAGCUCAAAGACAGCAUUUACAACGACAGCAACGAUUCCUUCCGCUUCGAGGAGUUUGGCACGAACGGCAGUUCCUCGUCGCUGGACUUUAUCGAGGAAAGUCUUCUUCGCAGCGGUCACAAUUCCAAAAGGACAAAAUCGGAAUUGCUUCGAGCGAAUUACGUGAACUCGAUUAACAGCAAAAAACGAAAACUCACGCAUAAAUUGCAGGAAAUUAUGAUGCCGAUGAAGAGCAAGAAGGAAGAUGAAAGUCUUUUUGGACGUCUAAAGAUCUCGCAACUCGAUGGAAGUUUCGAUUUGAACCCGAAACGGAGAAAGCGGAAAGUUAUUGGAAAAUUACGGAAGAAAAAUCUCACGUUGGACUUUAAAAUCUCCCAACUUGAUGGCAUUGAUGACCAGGUAAUGACGCAACUCAUGCCGUCAAUGGAGAAUCCCGUCAGUUGUGAACGGUGUCGAUGCACUUAUCGCACCCAGGAAUCCUACGAAAGGCAUUUGCCCGGGUGUGAUGUGGUUUCGACGUCAGAUAGUGAACCAGAGUCACCCCGCAUGUUGAUGGAUGGUCAACAAGUGCAACAACAACAAGCCAGUGAUCAAGUUCAAACAUUCUCCUUGAAUUCCUUUGCGGCGCAAGGAAAUGCUUUUCCGCAACUCACAAUCGAUCCGACGACAAAUGCGAUCACGGUGGGUGCAAAUUAUGCUGUUAGUCGAACGUCGCAACAAAGUAUGGCUUCGAUGCCGGUUAAUUUGCAGUCGACCAUGGGAAAUAUGGCGAAUGUGAUUUUGGCGCCGAAUCAUCAGCAAAUUCCGACCGUUCAGAUGAAUGGAUUUCAGCAGCAAUUGUCGUUGCCGUUCCAAGCGUUGAGUCAGUUGGGAGCGAAUGUUAUUACGUCGUCGCCCUUUAUGCAGACACAAACGACAACAACGACGGCGCAGCAAGUGCAACAAAGACCCGAAUAUGAGGCAUCGAAGACGCAGCAAAUUGUCCAGCAAGCAAUAGUACAAAAUAAUUUGGCGACACAGGGAAAUAAAAUUCUGAUUCCGGCGAAUCGGAAACAUGCUUUGCCGAGAUUGGGCAAUGCUCAAAUCAAAAGUAAGGCAGCUGCAAUUAAACCAGCUAUCAAAAAGGACCAACAAAACGCCGUGCAAAUCAUCAAUUCUCUUCCAUUGAUGCAAACAACUCCGCAACAAGCGACCCAAAUUGUCCCGUAUCAGCAACCUUUGAUGUUGCAGACCAACAACGGACUUUCCAACAAUCUCGUGCAGUACAUUGACAACCAAAACAUGGUUCAAUACAUGGCACUACCGCAAGACAUCAAAACGCAAGCAGCAACGCCGCAAUAUUUGACCACAACUCCCAACACUUUCCUCGGAGGCGCCUUCCAGAUGGCAGUUCCGCAGCCCCAAGCAACGGACCAAAAUAUUCUCGUCUCAAACGGGCAAGGAGGAUAUUCCGUCAUCCCUCUAUCCGCAAUCCAACCGCAACAAACGCAAAUUUUGGGCACUCUCGUGCAACCACAAGCCACCGCGAUGCAAAUGGGCGUCAUGUCAUCCGAGCAAAUGAUCAUGGGAGGCAUGGGAGCCCCCACGUCGACGCUAGAAAUGGUCCAAGACCCCACCUCGGGUCUCAUGUACUUAGCUAGUCAACCCGUUUACUACGGUUUAGAGACAAUUGUGCAGAACACGGUGAUGUCGUCGCAGCAAUUUGUCUCGACCGCCAUGCAAAGUGUCUGUCAGAACGCCAGUUUUUCCGCCACAACGACGCAAGUCUUUCAAACGAGCAAAAUUGAGCCGAUUGUCGAAGUGCCGCCCGGCUAUGUGAUGAUCAACAAUGACAACGGACAGAGUAUUAUGCCAGCGGGGACUCCGCAAGCGAUUCAGCAAGCAACUUAUGUGCAAUCUAUCGCUCCGGCACCAACGCAACAGGCGAUACAAGCAGCUCCAGUCGUGAAAAUCGAAGAAAAAGAGAGUAAAUUGGAAGAAAUUGAACAUCAUCAAGCACCGCCAGCGAAACCAGCGUUGCUAAGUCCAAAAGGGAAGAACGUGACAAUUCAAAAAGCGAAAGCAAUUCGCCCAAUAACGACAAAUCACGCAAAAUUACAAAACAUCAGUGCUGUCAAACCGAAAAUAAUUGCAAAACCCGUUGUCAAACAGCAACCAGAAAUUGUCGUGAAGCCACCGCAAGUUCAUCAACAACAAAUCCAGCAUCACCAACCGCCUCCACCGCAAGAAAUUAAAAUUAUCACGCCCGAGUCAUGCAUGAUGGAGGAAAAUCAAGCGAUGAAUUUCGGCAAAUUGAACAUGAAUUUGGAGACAAAUCCCCCAGCUUUCAUCACAGCAGUUUGUGAUACAACAACAACAACUACAACGUCACAAAAACCCUCAUAUGAGCCCACGGUCUAUUUUGACACCACGACUUCAGCUCAAUCGACAGUAUUACAACAGCAGCAACAACAACCGCGUCAAGAAACGUAUUCUUUCAAUCAGCAGCAACAACAGCAAUCGACGCCGCAGCAACAACAACAACAAUAUCACGCCCCUCCAGCAUCGAUUGUCCUUCCAACGACAGCUGCCCCGAGCAUUCCCACGAACAUUGUGUCACCCAUCCAACAAACUGUGAUGACAAAUCCUUCAACCCGUCCCACAAAUCGAGUCUUACCCAUGCAGACCUUCGUCGAAAAGUCUCCCGAGAAGAUUCAGUCCGAGACGGAAGAGCAAUUGUGUGACAUCAGUGACUACGUGAAGGAAAAUAACAACAAAUUGGGUCGCGAAACGUACGAUUGUCAGCUCGAAAAUGAGUUCAACAGCACAAAAAUGAUGGAAAAUGAUGAAAAAGUCACAGAAACGAUCAAUAAAUUGGUCAGCGCUAUUGACGAAAAUAUCUUCAUGGAUAUGCAAACGUCGGAAAAUAAGAAACAACAAAUGGUCGAAGAGGUUUGCAACACAAUUCAAAACGAAAUCAUGGCUGCUGAAAAGUCUCCGAUGCAGGAAAAGGUCGUCGAUGCCUUUGAUUUGCUCCGAACGCAACCAGAUGAGAUUCAUCCCAUCCCAAUAAGGCACAUAAGUCAACAUCACCAAUCGCCCGCUCAUCAAAUUCAACAAAGUCCCGUGCAUCAAAUGCAACAAAGUCCGCAUCAGAUCCACCAAAGUCCGCAUCAGAUGCAUUCUAGUCCCGUUCAACAGCAUCACGAACCGUCGCCGUCACAUCAUUCCGUUUGUGAGGAAAUUCCCAUGCAAAUCGAUCACGAACCAUUGAUCCCGCAAAAUGUCGUCGAAGAUGCGGAACAAAUGAUGUUCGAUUCGACGUCGGCGUCUCAGAAGGAAAAUAUCGAAAAUAUUCAACCCACGGUGGAAGUUUUGAAGGAAAAUGCUUCAAACAUGGAAAUUAUUCCAAAUAUCAAAACGGAUGUCCUUCCCUUGAAACCCCUGCAACCGCAACAGAACAUCCUCCGGACCACAACGCCGAAAAUUCUCUUCGAAAUCAACUCGCAAGACGGUUUCUCGUACAAAUCCACGUCAAUUUCCGAGGUUUGGGAAAAAGUUUUCGAGUCGGUGCAACACGCCCGUAAAUCGCACGGCCUCAAAGCCCUUCCCGAUGGUCCGCUAAGUGAAAUUGGCGGACUAAAUAUGCUCGGAUUACGUACAAAUGCCAUCCGAUAUCUCGCCGAACAGCUGCCUGGCGCAGAAAAAUGCACGAAAUAUCAGUUCAAGUACCACAAAAAUCGACCAAGUGAGGCAUGCGACUUGAAUGUGACGGGAUCCGAGUACGAGGAGAUGCGCGAAAAUAAGCAUGAGGUGGCGCGAUUCAUUCCGUACUCGACGCGGUCCGAAUAUGACAUGUUUAGUUGGUUGGCGUCGCGGCACCGGAAACAGCCGACACCGGUUGUCGUGCAAAAUAAUGACGAAAUUGCGAUUCCAAGACGAGGAUCUGGAAGUAAUUUACCUCUAGCGAUGCGAUAUAGAAAUCUCCAAAAGUCACCUAAGGACUAUGUGGGUGUCUAUCGCAGUGGCAUUCAUGGACGAGGACUGUUUUGUGUGCGAGAUAUUGAAGCAGGUGAAAUGGUCAUCGAGUACGCUGGCGAGCUAAUCCGCUCAACGCUGACCGAUAAACGUGAACGUUACUACGACAGCAAAGGCAUUGGAUGUUACAUGUUCAAAAUUGACGAUAAUUUUGUCGUUGAUGCGACCAUGCGAGGCAAUGCCGCUCGUUUUAUCAAUCAUUCGUGCGACCCGAACUGCUAUUCCAAAGUUGUGGACAUCCUGGGACACAAACACAUCAUAAUAUUUGCAUUGCGACGCAUUAUACAGGGAGAGGAGUUGACGUAUGACUACAAAUUCCCAUUUGAGGAUGACAAAAUUCCGUGUUCGUGUGGUGCCAAAAAGUGUCGCAAGUAUUUGAACUAAAAAAAGGGUCGAAAAAAAUUACAAAACAGGAAAAUUCUCGAAUUUACAACAAAAAUCAGUAUAAAGUAACUUAAAAAAAAACUUAUACUUAACACAAAGAAUAAUAACUUAAUACGGACCUACUUGGAGAUAAAAAUAGUUUUAAAAGUUUUGCAACACAAGACAAAAAAAACAAAGAAACGCAGCUUUGUAUGUAGAUAUUUAUCAUGCUUUAAAAAAAAACUUUUUGGCAUAUUUUUAUGCUCCUUUUAUCACACGAAUAUGUAUUUUAUUACAAAAUAACGUAAACAAUGAAAUGGCAUUCAUUUCAUUUCAUUAGAUUUUUAAAACUACUUAGGACAUGAAUGUAAAAAUUUUUUGUUAUAAUUUUUUAAUUGGUUUAUCACACUCGUUGAUAAAUAACA